AUGGUCGCCCUUCGCUCAGGCUACGAACUCGAACAGGCGUCAGCCGCACGUCGGAAUUCCGAACUCGUCGAACUCGAUGCUGUCGACGUCCUUUGUCACGGGACGGCGAACAACACGUCUAUGCAGCCGUCGCUGUACAACGGUACAUCUACCGCCGCGGUUACGCAGCCAGGUUACACAAACGAGACGUCGGCUUCGUUUCACACGCCCCGUCACGAUUCCAACAGCGAGCUCAAUGAAAUCAACCCGCACCACGAGGAAGCCGGGGCAGCUGAGCCGGAGUUCUCGCUGCCACCAGUCGACGGAGGGAAAGAUGCAUGGCUGUUCUUGUUCUCGGCAUUUGUCUUGGAGAUUCUAGUCUGGGGCUUCCCCUUUGCGUACGGCAUCUUUCAGGAAUACUACUCGUCGCACCCGCCCUUUGAAGGAUCGCGUAACAUCGCCCUGAUCGGUACCUGCGCCAUGGGACUCAUGUAUCUCUCUGCUCCGCUGGUUUUUGGCCUGCUGGCGUGGUAUCCAAGGGCCAGGAGGUCUUGUAUUAUGGUCGGACUGAUCAUCAUGUGUUUGUCGCUGGGGCUGAGCAGUUUGAGCACGACGGUGCCGCAUUUGAUUGCGAGCCAGGGCGUGUUCUAUGCGAUUGGGGGCGCCAUGUGCUACAGCCCUGCGAUUACAUUUAUGGACGAGUGA